AUGCUCGCUUACACCUCAGGGCGUAACAAACCUUUGACUGAUAGCUUGAGGUUGACCCCCAUACCACUCGGAUUCAAAGGCCCCUCUAACAUCGCCACGUAUGUAGGCGACACCGAUCCCUUCGAGUGGAUCCAAAAGUUUAAAGCGGCAAUGACCCUUCAUGGCGAGACGGACCUUCUCAUGUGCAGGACCUUCCCAACACUUCUGGGAGGGAGAGCGCUGACAUGGUACACAACCCUACCAACCGGUAGCAUUGCGUCCUGGGAUGAUUUGGCAAGCAAGUUUCAGUCCCAUUUCGCAACCAGUCGCCCUGUGCCUAAGUCCGUCCAUUCCCUUGAAAAAAUUCGACAACAAUCUGGCGAGUCCCUCAGAUCCUUCCUAGACCGUUUCGAUAAAGAGGCUCUAGAAGUGCAAGGCUUGGACCCAAAAGUACAAGUGCAUAUACUCCUGUCAAGCUUGCGACAGGGAGCGUUCGCAUACGAGCUCGCCCGCCAUGAAAUUAUAGACUUAGAAGAGGUGAGGAAAAAAUCCCAAGAGUUCAUGAGAAUUGAAGAGUACAAAGGGAGUCGAGUCGAUGACUCCCACAACCAAGAUAAGACGGUCAGUAAAGGUAAGAACCAUGCUGAUGAAAGUAGGAAGGGCCACAAAUCAUCUAAGUAUGUCAGUCGCCCUACAGGGCGCGACAUAUCAGGACGCCAAUCACAUAGUGUCCUGCAGACUGAAUACAAAAAGGAACCUAAGAGUAACCAACGACCCCAGCAGCCGACUAGAGAAGCCACAACGUACUGCAAGUUUCAUUGCAGCAACGGCCACAGCAUGGAGGAAUGCGAGCACCUUAAAGACGAGAUUGACGAACUCAUCAAAGGCGGUGCUCAAAAACGGGGAGGAGAUGGUGCUCGCCCUGCUGGAACUGGAAGGCGACACCGUGAGCGUAGCAAGUCGCCAGAAAGGAGAAGAACCAACCAAUCCAGUGCACGACCCCGCCUUGAGCGUGACAGUAGAGAGGACUCGCCAAGAAGGCUCAGAGGACAAACAAGUCCAAGUCAUAGAGGGAGGCGAGAGGAAGAGGAAGAAGACUCAGCUGUCAUCAAGCACGGAGUGAUAAAUAUGAUCUCUGGCGGAUUAAGCGGAGGGGGAGAAAUGGCGAACGCCAGGAAGAAACACUUGAAACAGUGCUUGACGAUCGCAGGCAAAGUCAUUAGCAAAGCAAAGGACGACUGUGUUCCAACCAGGCGUAAAAUCAUUUGGGACAUCAGCGAUUUAGGCGACGUCCUCCCAGGGCAUGACGACCCGCUCGUCAUUCAAGAAAUAAUCGCCAACUUUGGCGUUAAUCGCGUGUUUGUCGAUCACGGCAGUUCUGCUGAUAUUUUGUUUUUGCUAUGUUUUAGGGUGUUAGGGUUUACAGUUAAUGAUUUAACUCCUGCCGCAGGUGAACUUCCAGUUUUCAAUGCUACCACCACUAAGCCGCUGGGUGUGAUCAACUUGCGUCUCUCCCUUGGAACGCCACCCACUUCACGGUCUGCGGACAUCCGGUUCCUAGUGCUUGACACUCCAUCAGCCUAUAACACCAUCCUCGGCAGGAGGAUGUUCGUCACCUUUGAGGCGCGCGUCUCACACCCCCACGUGGUGAUGAAGUUCAUAGCCAGAGAUAAUAAGGUCGCAACGGUGCGAGGAGAUCAGAUAGUAGCCCGGAGCUGCUACAACAUAUCCUUGAGAUCAAUGGCCAAAGUCACCUUCAAAGACGAGCUGGCACCCCAACAGAGGACAACCCCGCCAGCUGAAGGAGGUCCUGGCGAGAUGGGGAAGGAGCAUAACCAAUGUUUCUUAGUGGAGUUUAACGCUCGGGACGAUCCUAGGGUGGACCACGGCAGACCCACGCCCGAUGGAGCAUUGGAACACGUUUUGUUAGGCGACGCGGAUCAUCAGACAACAACAAUCGGGGCGACCAUUGACCCCGAAAUGAAAGGCAAGUUGAUCAAGCUGCUGAGAGACAACAAAGAUCUGUUUGCUUGGAAAGCGUCAGACAUGCCGGGUAUUGACCUAGAAGUAUGCUGCCACCGUUUGUCUGUGGAUCCCAAAGCAAAGCCAGUUUCCCAGAAGAAAAAGAAGUUUGGUUCAGAUCGCCAGAAGGUCAUUGAUGAGGAAGUUAAAAGGCUCCAUGAUGCCGGGUUCAUCAGGGAAAUCAAGUACACUACUUGGUUAUCCAAUCCAGUAUUGGUGAAAAAACCAAAUGGCGCAUAG